UCCUUUAAAGUCGAGAAGAGCAAAAGGAGGGCGCGCGGAAAGUCGGUCGUUUCACUUUGGGAAGCUGCAGCUCCGGAACUAGGGCAUCUUACACGCAGAAGAGUCGCACAGCGCUGCUGCUUUCACGUUCUGUGGCACAGUAGAGGGGAAAAAACAACACAACAAACACGGAAGAAGAGAAUCGUCUCCCACGAGGGAAGACCGAGCGCACUCCGGUAAAUGAACGCUCUGUGCACGUGAGAGGGGGGACACCGGGGCGCGCACCUGCCACCACGCGGCACAUGGAAGGAGUCUCGCGCAAAAGCGCCCGGAACAUGAAGUUUGGUGAAUGGUUAAAGAAGGCCAGUGGAGAGACUCUGAAUGUGUGAUGGACACCAAACUGAGAUGGACACGGGACUUAAUUUUCAAUUCACACUGAAUUUGUAUCUCUCAUGUUUUUUAUUUAUACCAACACUUUCUUAAUCUUUUAUUACUUUGAUAAAAACAAAAACAAUAAACAAAAAACUGAAAAUACCUCCUCAUCCAGAAUGACAGUGGCAAGUUUACCACAUGCUCUAACGUGACUCCUCUUGUAUGCCAACAUCUCUUUCCCCUGAAUUUAACGACGGCCCUUUUCUUGUUUCCUGGUUGGCGCUUGUCAUGCUGGAGCAAGCUACUUUCUUCCUCUUUGUCCUUCUGCACACGCUGGUGCAGGUUCAAGGCCAGUACGAGCUGUGCAAGUCACUCCUCACCACGGAUGAGGGCUCAGUGUGGGAGCAGCAUGCAUGCCAACCCAAGCCCCAGUCAAUGAAGGAGUUCAUGCGUAUACAUGUGGAACCAGCGGGCAUCACGUGCGGCAACCCACCAGAGAGAUUCUGUACGCUGGAGAAUCCAUACCUGUGCAGUGAUGAGUGUGACGCAUCCAACCCAGACCUGGCACACCCACCCCAGUUAAUGCAGGACCGUGAGCGCGGUGGUCUCGUCACAUAUUGGCAGACUCAGACGUGGCGGCGCUACCCUGAGCUGUUGCUGGCCAACAUCACACUGUCAUGGAACAAGAGCCUGGAGCUGACUGAUGACAUUGAAAUUACCUUUGAGUACGGUCGACCUACGGCCAUGGCCCUGGAGAAGUCCCUGGACUUCGGGCAAACGUGGCAGCCUUACCAGUUCUAUGCUGAUGACUGCCUGGAGGUGUUCGGAAUGAUGCCACAUCGAGCACGUGACCUCACAGCAUCCAAUGCAACACGCGUUAUCUGUACCGAACUCUAUUCACGCUGGGUGGGUGCCAAAGAUGAUAAGGUGGUGCGUUUUGAAGGACGGACCCGCUUUGUCAUCUUUGCCGGACAUCGGCUACAUGACAUGGACAGUCUACGAGCUCGUUUUGAGAGCAACAAGGGCCUGCGCGACUUCUUUACCUUCACCGACCUACGUCUGCGUCUGCUCAAGCCAGCGCUUGGAGGAACAUACGUACAGAGGGACAACUUGCUGAAGUACUUCUACGCUAUCUCCAACAUUGAGGUGCCAGCCAGGUGUAAGUGUAACCUGCAUGCAUCACUGUGUGCGUUGGUGGACGGAACACUGCAGUGUAUGUGUGAGCACAACACCACAGGCCAGGACUGCCAGCGCUGCAAAAAAGGCUUCAAAGCCAAAAUCUGGAAAGCAGGAUCAUACCUGCCAACUCCAAUUGGCACACCUAACACAUGUGCUCAGGCUGGUACUUCAUCUGGGUCCAACUGUGAAUGUCAUGGCCACUCCAACCGCUGCAGUUACAUAGACUACCUGAACAUUGUCACGUGUGUGAGCUGUAAGCAUAACACACGUGGCCAAAACUGUCAACACUGCCGCAUGGGCUUCUAUAGGAAUUUCUCCGUUGAACUGGACGACGAGAGUGUGUGUGCGGAGUGCGGCUGUAACCAGAUGGGUUCACUACAUGAUCGCUGUAACGGGACUGGAUUCUGCCAGUGUAAAGAAGGAGCCACAGGCACCAAGUGUGAUGAAUGUUUGCCAGGUUACUAUUGGAAGCAGGGCUGUCAUCCAAACGUGUGUGAUGAGGAGCUGUUGAUGUGCCAGAAUGGCGGUACAUGCCACCAGAACCAGCGCUGCAUCUGCCCACAUGAAUUUAAAGGUGUCCUAUGCCAACACUCACGCUGCGAAGACGGGAAGAAGUGCAUCCACGGCGACCACAAUGGCACCUCUGUGUCUGCUCUGAGCCUGGCACUGCUGGUGCUGUGCCCGCUCCUCACCCUCCUGCUGGGUUCUGCAGUCCUUCUUCCUGAAACAGUGCCCGUCUUUCUCCCACCGUCACACACAUCAACACACACCUGUGACGGCGCACUGGCUAUUACUCUGCUCUGCACCCUCAAGGAACCUAGGACUUCCUGGACAUAGAAUUAGGGAAGAGAAAUGACUCAAAAUGAGAGAUUUGUAAUUUUUUUGUUUUUGUUUUCACAAAAGAAAAACUAUAGCCCAAAAAGAAAUAAUAUAUACAUGUAUCAAAUAUUUAUAUAUGUACUAUACAGGUAUUAAUAACAGAUAUGAAGAGUUUAGGCACUAUCCUGAUUAAUGAUUUAGGAAAAACAUUCAUAGUAGCAGGAAGAGGCGGAAAUUUCAGCACUCUGAUUGGACGAGCCUUUAUAUCACCCUGCUGUGCUGCUGUAUGUAACGAACACACUGUUAAAUGCUAAAAAGUUAUUUAAAAAAAGAGAUCAGUAAUUUAGUAUUUGCAAGCUCAGAUCUAUUAAGGGUUUAUGCACCGUUCUGAGUCUGAGGACUGUCACUCACCACAGUUAGAGGAACACUGUAUUCAAGAAGCUCACUAUGAAACUAUGAAGACGACAGAAAAAAAAAAGCAAUGAUGACGCUUACAUAUCACAUUCAAAUAUUUUUGGUACAGAUUAUUUUUGUUUGCAUUUAAACCUAUACAUAAAAGGGAGGAUUUAUUACACUUGAGCUGGCCUGUAGUCAAAUCGAGAUACAGUACGUUUUUUUAAUCAGAUGACGCGUGUCUUAAGGUAUAAACGUUACACGCUGACAUAUUACAGACAUUUAUUCGGUAUGAUAGGAAAGAAAUUUCUUGUUCACAGCUUAUGAUUAA